AUGGCGCUCGUCGCCGGCCGUGCUCCGGCCGGGCCCUUCGAUCGCCAAAUAUCUAGGAUGGUUCCCCAUCUCGUGCUCUCGCUGUGUAUGUCCUCGCACGGCCGAAACCCGCUGCCGUUCACCGGCGGCGAGAUCGCCGUGGCUCCCACCUGUGUGAAGCUUGACCGGAUUGACUUCCAGGCCACAAACAACAUCACAGAGUACAAAGGUUUGCUUGCUAGUCUUCGAGUAGCUUCUGCACUUGGCAUCUGCCUCCUCCUCGUGCAUGGGGAUUCACAACUCGUGGUGAAGCAAGUUAGCAAGGAGUAUCCAACCUCAGAUAAGACCAUGACAGCUUACCUUGUGGAGGUGAAGAAGCUAGAAAAGAAAUUUGUUAGACUCGAGGUCAGGUACAUCUAA